AAAUCAACAAGAUGUCCGAGUACUGGCUUAUCUCAGCCCCUGGCGACAAAACCUGCCAGCAAACUUUUGAUGCCAUGAAUAAUCUAACCAGCAAACAAAAUAAUUUAUGUAACAACUAUAAAUUUCAUAUACCCGAUUUGAAGGUUGGUACUCUCGAUCAAUUGGUGGGUCUUUCCGAUGAUUUGGAACUUGAUACUUAUGUUGAGCAAAUUACCCGCAAGGUUGCCGCCUAUUUGGGUGAAGUUUUGGAGGAUCAAAGAGAUAAAUUGCAUGAAAAUUUACUCGCCAAUAACACCGAUUUAUCUGUGUAUAUUACACGCUUCCAAUGGGACAUGGCCAAGUAUCCAAUUAAGCAAUCUUUGCGCAACAUUGCCGAUAUUAUUUCCAAACAAAUCGGCCAAAUCGAUGCUGAUUUGAAAACAAAAUCGAAUGCCUACAAUAACCUUAAGGGUAGUUUGCAAAAUUUGGAAAAGAAACAAACUGGCAGUUUGUUGACCCGUAAUUUGGCCGAUUUGGUUAAAAAGGAACAUUUCAUUUUGGAUUCUGAAUAUUUAACCACUCUCUUGGUGAUUGUACCCAAAAUGUUGGCCAACGAGUGGAUGGCUAAUUAUGAAAAGAUCACCGAUAUGAUUGUGCCUCGUUCAUCGACUUUGAUUACCCAAGACAAUGAUUACUGUCUCUACAAUGUGACCUUGUUUAAGAAGGUCGUAGAAGAGUUUAAAUUACAUGCCCGCGAAAAGAAAUUCAUUGUACGUGAUUUCGUUUACAAUGAAGAAGAAUUGGCUGCUGGUCAAAAUGAAAGAACUAAAUUGAUUACCGACAAGAAGAAGCAAUUUGGUCCUUUGGUUAGAUGGUUGAAGGUUAACUUCAGUGAAGCUUUCUGUGCUUUAAUACACGUUAAGGCUUUGCGUGUAUUUGUUGAAUCUGUAUUGAGAUACGGUUUACCAGUUAAUUUCCAAGCCAUUCUUAUUGAACCCAACAAGAAGAGCAUGAAACGUUUACGUGAUUGCUUAAAUCAAUUGUAUGGACACUUGGAUGGUGCUUCAGCUGCUGGUCAAGCUGGCAAUGCUGCUGAUACUGUUGAUAUACCCGGUUUAGGUUUUGGCCAAUCUGAAUACUAUCCCUAUGUAUUCUAUAAACUCAACAUUGAUAUGAUUGAAUCAGCUAAAAUGUAAAAAAAAAAAAAUAAACUAAAUGAAAUGUUAUGUUAAUGUUAAGAACAAAACCUCUGCUAGAAGACAUUCUAAUUAAGAAAAAGUCAAAAAACAAAACGUUUAAAAACCCCAACUAAAGAACAUAAACCACAAUAAAUACAAAAACAAACCUUCUUAAGUAAUUGUUUAGCUUAAUUUUUAACUACAAAAAAAAACAAAUAAUAUAUAAUAGAUGUAUUUGUAAAAUUUAAAAAAAGAAGAGUAAGAAUGAAACUAAACUAUCAACCAACUAACCAAAAUGUAUAUGUAUUGUAAAAAAAA